AUGACAGCUUGGAUUAUGGAAUGUGUUGCUACGACUUAUUUUUCUAUUAGCAUAAAUGGUUCGCUUCUUGGCUUCUUUAAAGGAAAGAGAGGGUUGCGUCAGGGUGAUCUUUUGUCGCCAUAUUUAUUCACACUUGUUAUGGAGGUGUUAUCUUUGUUAUUUCAGCGCAAGAUUCGUGAUUCUGGAAUUUUUAGCUAUCAUAAAUAUUGUGAUGAAUUAAGCAUCACAAAUCUUUGUUUCGCUGAUGAUUUGCUUAUUUUUUUACGUGGUGAUGUGCAAUCAGCAAAAGUGGUUUGGGAGAGCUUGGAGGAGUUUAAAUUUGCUUCUAGUCUUGCACCUAGUCUUCCUAAGAGUACAACCUACUUUUGUAAUGUCUUGAAUCAUGUUAAGCUCUCUAUUCUAGAUGUCCUACCAUUUGAGGAGGGUCGACUUCAGCUUAUACAAACUGUGCUUUCAUCCAUGUAUGUAUACUGGUCAUCAGUGUUUAUUCUACCAGCUAGAGUCACUGCUGAAAUUGAACAGAUGCUGCGAGGAUUUUUAUGGAGUCAAGGUUCGUUGGAAAAAGGUAAAGCUAAGGUAGCCUGGGAUGUCGUGUCUCUUCCAAACCAAGAAGGUGGCUUGGGUAUCCGCAACUUAGAUAUCUAUAAUGUUGUACUUAUGGUAGCCCAUAUUUGGAAUCUGUUAGCUUUAAAGGAAUCCCUAUGGGUCAAGUGGAUAUAUAUACAUAGACUAAGGGGAAGAAGUUUUUGGGAAGUGCCUUUACGGGGUAACUUGUCCUGGAGUUGGAGAAAACUGUUACAAAUUCGACCUAUUGUCCGUAAGCAAUUCUGGUUUAUGUUUGGUAAUGGGCAAAACGUCUCAGCAUGGUACGAUAACUGGGCAGAAUGUUGCCCGCUCGUCAAUAAUGUCACACAUCGGAUGAUCAGAGACACAGGCUACAGUUUGCAUACCAAAGUGGCUGAUAUUGUGGAUAAUGGAUUGUGGAAGUUAUCGGCACAUUGGGAUCAGCAAGUUUUACAAAAUAACGUUCCUGUUUUGCAGGAUAAUUCAGCUGAUAUUUUAAAAUGGCGUUCAAAUGCAGGAAGUCUUGACUGUUUUUCUGUCUCAUUAGCAUGGGAAGAUUUACGCAACAGGGCUCCUUUGGUUGAUUGGUAUAGCAUUGUUUGA